ACUGCAACAUUCAGUGCAACGACGACAACAGCAACAGCAACAACAACAACAACAGCAACAAGAACCCAGACAUCAACAGUGACAACUAUAUAACAACGUUUACAACAGCAGCAAGAACAACCAGAGACAACAACCAAUUGUCAGCAGCAACAACAGCAGAAAUAAUUGCAGCACCAGCAGCAGCAGCAGCAACUUGCAACCACUUUGCAGCAACAACAGCGCGACAUGCAGCAGCAGCAGCAGCAGCAGCAACAACCGUCCAUCGAUCAGCUGCACGAGCCCACAGCUUCGACCAGCAAUACGGCAACAACUAAGCCAACAGCAACCACAUCCACAUCCACAUCCACAACGACAACGACAACGUCCGGCAGCAACUUCCACCAGCAACUGCAAGCAACAACGGCAGCCACCAUGCAACGCCUGCGAACAACCUUCACGCGAUCUCGCACUCCCACAGGUGCCGAAAUGAAGAUGCAGAACAGCCUGGAGGUGCCCAAGCAGGUGCGCUCAGCCUCCUUCGACGAGAUGCAACUGGAGUCGCAGCGUGCCAGCUCUAGUCUGCUCAAACAGCAGUCCUCAUCCUCGGCCUCGGCAGAUGAACGCUCCUCGGAGGCUGGCUUCUUGCAGGUUCCAUUGGCCGCCCAUCAGCAGAGAUCCCAUAGCUUUGACUCGGCCACUGCCUCGGCGGGCAGCGAUGAUUCGGGCACGUUUCUGGAGGUGCCCAGGCGGCUAAAGGCUCGACGCAGUUCGUCCACCAAGACACCGCCGCCGUGCAUCCAUUGUCACUAUCUGGAGGAGUACGAGCGCCGGAUGACCGCCGAGCAGCGUUACUUUAUCGAUCAUCGCGAGCUGACGGCAUUGAGCUAUAGCAAUACCAGUUCGGAGGCGAGUGAGGAUGAGGACGAAGUGGAGGGCAAUAAUGCAGAGGAAGAGGAGGAGGGCAGUGCUGCCAUAGACGAUGCCGAGGAGGAGACCACUGAGGCGGCUACCGAGGAGGCGGAUGAAGAUCCCCGCACCGAGGUGGAGUCCGAGCACGAUCACGAUCCGGACGAUGAUGCUGCCUUAGAGAUGGACAUUCGCAUUGGCAACAUGAGCCAAGGCAGCAGCAUCGAGGAGUCGCGCGCCCGUCUACCGCGACAAAUGCGUCGCCACACCAUCGGUAGCAGCUCGGUCACCUCGGCCUCCGAGGAUGAGGGCCUGGAGGGUUCGGACAAUGGUUCGCCCCAUUUUGGGAACACCUUGUUGCCACCACAGCCGGCAACGCCUUGUGGCAUCACCUUCACGCUGAGUCCCACCAAUGGCGAUUAUCCAUCACCGCCGCAUCUACCCUUGGAUCCCGGUUCGCCGCCCAUCUCGCCCUGCUCCUCCCAUUCGGGAAGAUUGCCAGCACUGGCCCCGACAAUUACCACGCCCUGCUCCUCUGCGGAUGCCGAUGAUGCUGGGGCAGCUAUGGGCUUGCCGGUGCGUGCAAGACGUCGCUCGAUUUCGCGACAGGAGGCGAUAUUCGUGGAGCCCACUGGCAACUCACUGGAGAACGUAUCCCACGAGGAGGUGGACAACAGCAACACCAAGUCAUCGGUGGACACGGCCGAUUCACUGGACGAGGCAUCGACUAUGGCUACGUGUGGCUCGCCCGGUGGCGCCGGUAGCAGUGGUGCCUCCUCCAGUCAUCAUAACGCCUUUGUGGUGCGCGAUAUUUACCUAAUGGUGCCGGAUUUGAAGCGAGAUCGCGCCGCCUCCGUGGAUUCGUGCUUCUCCAAGCUGUCGUCGAACGCCAAAACGGAGGAGUUGCAACCAAGUGCCGAUGGCUGCUUCCUCACCGUGCCGAAUAUAAAUGCAACCCGAUCGCGAUCCGUGGACAUCGUGCUACCAACCGACGAGCAGGCCAGAUACAAGGCUUUGUCCAUGACCGGAUCCACUGUCACCUACGCAGACGGGCGUACCGCUUCGGCCAGCAACUCCCGGAGACCGAUACGGAUUGUGCCCGACUGGACGGAGAAUGCCGUGCAGGGCGAGCACUACUGGAAGCCCACCUCCGCCUCCGGCGAUCUGUGCUGCCUGAAUGAGGAGUGCAUUAAAAGCGGACAGCGGAUGAAGUGCUCCGCCUGCCAACUGGUUGCGCACCACAACUGCAUUCCGUUCGUGAACGAGAAGAGCACCCUGGCCUGCAAACCCACCUACCGGGAUGUGGGCAUCCGGCAGUACCGGGAGCAGACCACCACCCACCACCACUGGGUGCACCGCAAGCUGGAGAAGGGCAAGUGCAAGCAGUGCGGCAAGUUCUUUCCUAUGAAGCAGGCGGUGCAAAGCAAGCUAUUUGGGUCGAAGGAGAUUGUGGCUUUGGCCUGUGCGUGGUGCCACGAGAUCUACCACAACAAGGAGGCCUGUUUUAACCAGGCCAAAAUCGGCGAGGAAUGUCGUCUGGGCAACUAUGCGCCCAUCAUUGUGCCGCCGUCGUGGAUUGUGAAGCUGCCGACCAAGGGCAACUUCAAGUCGUCGAUACGCGUGAGCAAUAAGAACAAUGCCGCAUCGGGAUCAGGAGGUGGUGGUGCUGGUGGUGCUGGUGGUGCUGGUGGUGCCGGAGGCGGUGGAGGUGGUGGCAAGAGCAAGAAGCAAACGCAGCGGCGGCAGAAGGGCAAGGAGGAGAAGAAGGAGCCGCGAGCGUUUAUUGUGAAGCCCAUUCCAUCGCCGGAGGUAAUCCCGGUCAUUGUGUUUAUUAAUCCCAAAUCGGGCGGCAAUCAGGGCCACAAGCUGCUGGGAAAGUUCCAGCAUCUGCUCAAUCCGCGCCAGGUCUUCGAUCUUACGCAGGGUGGCCCCAAAAUGGGCCUGGACAUGUUCCGUAAGGCGCCCAAUCUGCGGGUCCUGGCGUGCGGAGGCGACGGCACCGUCGGCUGGGUCCUAUCCGUCCUGGAUCAAAUCCAACCGCCGCUCCAGCCAGCUCCGGCUGUCGGUGUCCUGCCCCUGGGCACCGGAAAUGAUCUCGCUCGCGCUCUCGGUUGGGGAGGGUCUAUUUUCUUUCAGGGCUACACGGACGAACCGAUUGGGAAGAUAUUGCGCGAAAUUGGGAUGUCGCAGUGCGUGCUAAUGGAUCGCUGGCGGGUGAAGGUCACGCCCAACGAUGACGUCACCGAUGAUCAUGUCGAUCGCAGCAAGCCCAAUGUCCCACUGAACGUCAUCAACAACUAUUUCUCGUUCGGCGUGGACGCGCACAUCGCCCUGGAAUUUCACGAGGCACGCGAAGCGCAUCCGGAGCGCUUCAAUUCGCGCCUGCGCAACAAGAUGUACUACGGCCAGAUGGGCGGCAAGGAUCUGAUCCUGCGCCAGUACCGCAACCUCUCCCAAUGGGUGACGCUCGAGUGCGAUGGCCAGGAUUUUACCGGUAAACUGCGCGACGCCGGCUGCCAUGCCGUCCUCUUCCUCAACAUUCCCAGCUAUGGCGGUGGCACCCAUCCGUGGAACGACUCCUUUGGCGCCUCCAAGCCAUCGAUCGAUGACGGACUGAUGGAGGUGGUCGGGCUGACCACCUACCAGCUGCCCAUGCUGCAGGCUGGCAUGCAUGGCACCUGCAUUUGCCAGUGCCGCAAGGCUAGGAUCAUCACCAAGAGGACCAUUCCCAUGCAGGUGGAUGGAGAGGCAUGCCGCGUUAAGCCAUCGGUCAUCGAGAUCGAGCUGCUCAACAAGGCACUGAUGCUGUCCAAAAGGAAGCACGGACGCGGCGAUGUUCAAGUGAAUCCGCUGGAGAAGAUGCAGUUGCACAUCUUGCGCGUGACCAUGCAACAGUACGAGCAAUACCACUAUGACAAGGAGAUGCUCCGCAAGUUGGCCAAUAAGCUGGGCCAAAUCGAAAUCGAAUCGCAGUGCGAUCUGGAGCAUGUGCGCAACAUGCUCAACACCAAGUUCGAGGAAUCCAUAUCCUAUCCAAAGGUCUCGCAGGAUUGGUGCUUCAUCGACUCCUGCACCGCUGAGCACUACUUCCGGAUCGAUCGUGCCCAGGAGCAUCUGCACUACAUCUGCGACAUCGCCAUCGAUGAGCUGUACAUCCUGGACCACGAGGCGGCCACCAUGCCGCAGACGCCCGACCAGGAGCGCUCCUUUGCGGCCUUCUCGCAGCGGCAGGCACAGAACGAGAGGCGGCAAAUGGAUCAGGCCCAGGGCCGCGGCCCGGGCAGCACCGAUGAGGAUUUGCAAAUUGGCUCCAAGCCCAUAAAAGUGAUGAAGUGGAAGAGCAACAAAGAUCGUUUAUUCAGUUUCAACGAAGAUGUUUUUGGUUGUGGAUUCAGCCCUAUACUGGAGCAAACUUCCGAUGCCAUACUACUAGCAGCCCAGAGCGGCGAUCUCAAUAUGUUACGUGCACUACAUGAACAAGGAUACUCACUACAGUCAGUGAACAAGAACGGACAGACGGCGUUGCACUUCGCCUGCAAAUACAACCACAGGGACAUUGUCAAAUAUAUCAUCGCGAGCGCCACACGACGCCUCAUCAACAUGGCCGACAAGGAGCUUGGACAGACGGCGCUUCACAUUGCCGCCGAGCAGAAUCGCCGCGACAUCUGCGUGAUGCUGGUUGCCGCCGGCGCCCAUUUGGACACCCUAGACUCCGGCGGAAAUACGCCCAUGAUGGUGGCCUUCAACAAGAACGCCAACGAGAUAGCCACCUAUUUGGAAAGUAAGCAGGGGACACAGCCCGUCGACGGCUGGCUCGACGACUAGACGAGAAUCGAUACGACCAUCAGAAUCGCCGCCAGAAAGUAGAGCACCCCCCUCCAAGUAGAGCAAUCGCUAGACAAGCUUACAGCAUCAGACAUUUAAAUGAAAAAAAAAAACAAAAAAAAAACGAUAAUCACAGUACCAGAAUAUCAGUAAAUCAGUAAUCACAAAAACAAGAACGUAAUUUUAACAUUGCAAAUUUCUCCUUUCUAUGCCAACCAAACAAAAUGAAAAAACAAAACUACUACUACUACUACUACUACUACUACUACCAAAAUGGUACUACUACCAAAUGGAUAACUACCAAAAUGGAUAAUGUCUUGUAAAUAACCGAAUCGAACGAAAUCGAAUUCGUUUCAAAUCGAAAUCAAAUGAACAUUCCACAAAACUCAAACGCGUUGCCGCUUAGGUCAAGAGCGUUUUAUGCAUCUGGAGAAGCAGACACGGAUCUAAGUGGAGCAUCCAGCGGAAGCAUUCACCCUACGAAAUAAUAUUAAUGCAUAAUGAUAAUGGCUUUUUUUUUUGGCAACCAAUUUUUUUUUUUGUGUUAGCAUGUACGAGAGAAAAAUCUAAUUUAAAACUAAGCAAAGAAAAUACAUACACAGGCAGGCAGCAAAACACUCAACACAUUUAGCGCGUAAGUUGGAGAGAUCAGAAUAGAAUGGUAUGGAAUACAUUAAUUUAUUGUAAUGAAAAGCUAGCAAAGCGAUAGGCAACAUUUGUCCGAAAUUUCAAUUUUUAAUUACCUUUCGAUGGAACGAACAAAAAAGAAAAUAUAUAUAUAUAUUUAAUGCAGUGAAUGCAAACGGAAAUUCGAAAUUCAUUUGUUUCUCUUACCGAUUGAUUAACGAUAAAUGAUUAUAUUGUGAUAUCUAAAUUAAUUAACGUAUUGGACUAGAGAGCGAGAACGAGAGCAAAUAGAAAUUGAGAUUAGCAAAGGGCAUUUGCUGAAAUACAAACUGAAGCAAAAACGUUAAAAAAAAGGACAAAAAAAACCAACAAGCAAAAACACACACACACACAGAGAGACACACUAAGCAAAUAUGUAGUCUAUAUUAUAUAUAUAUUUAAUUAAAUGUACUUCUUUUGGAAUUCAAACUAGGCUAAGUGAAAACUUGAAUACUCUUGUCUAAAGAAAAACAAUGAAUGAAAACGGCAGAGCAGCAGCACGAUUAGAAGAGAGACGCACUAGACCCUAAGCGGCUAUAGCUCUCUCGCUCAGACAGAGGCACACACACACACAAACACGCAGACACACACACACACACACUCAGUCCCGAUGCACAGACUAGAAUGCACAACCCCCCAUAGAUAUACCACCCACUUGACCUUCACCCCAAAGCAAACAAACCCUCAGCGUUUCAAACCGAAAGACUUGGGCCGAUCAAUGGCGUCCACCCCCCAAAAAAACAAGGUAACCUGCCCCGGAAAAAAAGGAAAAAACAAAAAACAAUAGAUUUUAAGACGGGGCAAGGCAGCCACAAAGACUAUCUUAACUAUCCUAUAUACUAUAUACUAUAUACUAUAUUCCGAACUCCGUAACUUUAAACUUUAAACCCCUGUAACACAAAGCAACAAUGGAACAAUGAACACGAGCACUUGUGGCGUACGUAAUACGAAACACACCUAGUGUAAGCGCAUGCAUAUAUUUUAUCAGAUAAUGAGUAACUAUGGAAUAAUGGAAUACUACAAUAUUAUAUAGCCGUUAAUCAAACCAUA